CUGCCCGGCACUCGCGGGCCUGCUCCGCGCGGCUCGGCCCGGCCUGCCGGCACCAUGAGCGACGUGGAGGAGAACAACUUCGAGGGGAGGGAGUCUCGCUCCCAGUCAAAAUCUCCAGCUGGGAGUCCUGCUCGUGUAAAAUCGGAGAGCAGGUCAGGAUCUCGCAGUCCAUCGAGGGCAUCCAAACAUUCUGAAUCUCACUCUCGGUCAAGAUCAAAAUCCAGGUCCAGAUCAAGAAGACAUUCUCAUAGACGUUACACUCGCUCCAGGUCCCACUCCCAUUCCCAUUCCCAUAGGAGACGAUCUCGGAGCAGAUCAUACACACCAGAAUAUCGUCGUCGAAGGAGCCGCAGUCAUUCUCCAAUGUCUAACCGAAGGAGGCAUACUGGCAGCAGAGCUAAUCCAGACCCUAACACAUGCCUUGGAGUGUUUGGUCUCAGUUUGUAUACCACAGAAAGGGAUCUACGUGAAGUCUUUUCCCGCUACGGACCUUUGACUGGUGUCAACGUUGUUUAUGAUCAGCGGACUGGUCGAUCACGGGGAUUUGCUUUUGUUUAUUUUGAAAGAAUAGAUGAUUCUAAAGAGGCGAUGGAGCAUGCGAACGGCAUGGAGCUGGAUGGCCGCAGGAUCCGCGUGGAUUACUCCAUCACCAAGCGAGCGCACACGCCCACCCCGGGGAUCUACAUGGGCAGACCCACACACAGUGGAGGUGGCGGUGGUGGAGGAGCAGGUCGGCGUCGCGAUUCCUAUUAUGACAGAGGGUACGACAGAGGAUAUGACAGAUAUGAAGAAUAUGAUUACCGGUACAGGAGACGAUCACCUUCACCUUAUUAUAGCCGCUAUCGAUCGCGAUCAAGAUCCCGUUCAUAUAGCCCAAGACGCUACUGAAGACCAGAAGAGGUGCAGUUGAAGACAAGAUUUUUAAAUACCAAGUUCAGAUCUUAGCUUCCCCUUUGCCAACCUUCCCUUCCCUGCCCACCCAAAGCUCUCUUAAAGAUCUUUGGUUUAUUUGGAAUAUGCAUAUUUUCAGUUGAAGUAUUGCAGUUUUCCAUCCUUCUGAAAAUGUAAUUGUUGUAGUUUUGUGUAGUUAAACAUCUUAAGCAAAACUAAAUAGGAAACCCAAAGUAUUGAUACAUUUUGUAAGUCAUUCUGGUUUUGUUUUUAAAAUAAUUGGACUCCUGCCUAAUCAAAUAAGAAGAGAGCAAUGAUAUGUUUAGAGCUUGCAUGUCAUAUGUAAUAUACACAUUCAGAUGCUUUAAUAUAAAACUGUUUCCACAAUACUUGUUAAAUCUUUCUGUUGAAAUGUUUGCCUGUUACUUUUGAAAAAUACAUUACAGCUUUGAACUUUUUCUGUAAGGACAGGUUUCUUUUAGUCAUGAACCAGAGGAUUUCUUGUCAAAUUAGUCGCUUUGAGUGUAAAAUAUUAAAACUGUAGAGAAAAUUUUGGUUUUAUUUCUUUGGGAUAAAAAACCAGAUUAUUGUAUGCUGAAAAUUCUGGCAGUGUUUUCUAAAGAUUUAGACUGCUGCAACAGUGAACACCAUUUAGAGUUAAAAUUCUUGCAGAUCUGUUUUUUUGUUGUUGUUGUUGUAGUAUUCAGUUUAAUGUUUCCCCCAAAAUCAGUGCAGGAAAAAAAACUAUUUAUUGAACAUAGCAAUUAAAUAAUUUGCUGUUCAUAUAAAAAAAAAAUCCUUUUGGUAUUGCAAUGAUGGUCAGGCAAGUUCUAGUUUCCAAUCUUUUUGGAGUUAGCAGUAUGGAUGGAAACAUUACAGUUACAUAAGCCUCUUCUUCCUCAAUAAAAGUUAAUUCCACCCAGA